UUCUACAGAAAAUGAUCAGUGUUUUAAGAUUUACUCAUAAACUAGGGUUUUGCAAAUGUAAUUUGAUUUAUUUGGUGUACAAAUGUGGUAUCGGAAUUAUAAAAGUCACGCCUGUUACUAUACUGUUAGGUCCACAUAAAAAAGUAGACGAGAAAUGCGAUAAGUGUAAAUAAAACACCUCGAGUGAAUCGUUUUGAAUCAAUAUUAAAGGAAAAUUAUUCUGAUUUAUCGACAAAAUGAAAGAACGUUUAGUAUCAAAUAAUGAGAAAAGCUUCGUUCAAAAGGCGGUGCUUGAAUCUACGCGAGUGGACGGUCGAUCUCUGGACGAAUUCCGCAAAUUACGCAUCAACUUCGGAACGGAAUGGGGCAGCGUUCACGUUUCGCUGGGAGAAACACGGGUGCUAGCGCAGGUAAGCUGCGAAGUGGUCACUCCCAGAGCCACCCGGCCGAACGAAGGGACAUUAUUCAUCAACGUUGAACUGGGCCCUAUGGCAGCACCCCAUUUCGAAUCCGGGCGUCAAUCGGAUGCCAGUGUGCAAUUGAACCGAAUCCUGGAACGAGCCAUUAAAGAUUCCGGUUGCGUGGAUCUGGAAUCCCUUUGCUUGGUAGCGGAUGAGAAGGUCUGGAAUCUGCGCGUUGAUAUCAAUGUAUUGAACCAUGAGGGUAAUGUAAUUGACUGCGCUUCCAUCGCUGCCUUGACCGCUUUGGCGCAUUUCAAACGACCGGAUGUAAGUCUCAAUGGCGAGGAGGUCAUUAUUCACACCAUCUACGAACGGGACCCCCUUCCUAUAGGAAUCAAUCAUUUUCCCAUGUGUGUGAGCUAUGCAAUUUUCAACAACGGCAAGCUGGCCAUUGCUGAUCCAACUUAUCUGGAAGAACGAGUUGCCGAAGCUAAAAUCGUGUUCGGUAUGAAUUCCUAUGGAGAAUUGUGUGGCUUGCAUUUGGGAGGAGUCACUCUGACCAGUUCGGAUUUACUGCUCCGGACAGCUACCAAAGCUGCUAAACGGGCACGAACCAUUGUCCAAAAAAUUAAGGAUGUAGUUCAAGAAGAUGCUAGCAAACGGAAGAAGAAUAUUCCUAUAGGCUUUAGCGAAUGUAUUCGCCUUAAUGACAUUACAGCGUUGGCGCAAGAUCGAUUGCAUAUUCGAUUGAAGCGAUUCAAGUUGGAUAAGAACAGUCCUGCCGAAGAGUCCGAAGACGAGAAUGAGGAAGAAGAACACGACGAAAAUGAGAAUCAGAAAACUGACGAAGCGGCUGAAACUCCCGAAGAAGAAGAAGAAGAAGAAGCAGAAAACGAACCAAUGGAUACGGAAGAAACCGUUGUAUCGAUUGCAGAAGAUUCUGCUGUCCUGAUGCCGAAAGCUGCCAAUGCCAACGACCAGUGGAUUCCAGAAGACUCCGAAGAGAUGAAAACCCCAGAGGAGAGAAAGUCCGCCAAAAAGAAGAAAAAUAAGAAGAAGAAAAAGUCCAAAGAAGCCAUGGCCCGGAUGAACGAUGUGGAAGUUUCGAGCAGUAGCGAGGAAGAGACAGUCAUGAUUACUUCCGAUGAUAUCAAUCGAUAGUUCAAAGCGAUCAAUGAAAUAAAGAAUCGAUUCAUUUAUUUUA